AAAUCUCCCCCACACUCGUCCCAACGACUCGCAAUUUGUCAGAUUAAUUUAGCCGAGCUGUAUCAAUGAUCACGACGAAUCGUACGAGACAAAGAGAGUACCCAGGAGUUACGUCCAAUUUCUCGAACACCCCAUAUAGUGAUCCUAAUUGAAAAUCGGGUUCGAUCGGAAGGGGGAUGCCUCCCCGAGCGAUGCGCGCGCGCGCAUCGCCGAUAAGCCGGCUUCCUUUGAUUUUCCGGGGGUAGGACCGGCGUGCCGCCGGCCGGAACCCUCGCUCGCGUGCGCCGCACCCCUGUGUCGUUGGCGUCGCGACGCACCGCGACGCGACGCGAGGAUGCGUCGCCGGCAGGUGCGCGAGCUUUCAGGUAAUCCGACGGAUGGGUCGAGGAACGUGUAUCGCGCCGAUCGAGUCCCGCUUUGCCUCUUGGCAACGCGACCGCAAAUGUCGCAGUGACUGCCAGUGAUCGCGGUGUUUACGGACUGGAACCAACGCGAGAGAUGGCUCGGUCGGGUGUCGAUCGUGUCCCGGGUGCCAUCGAAACGUGCAAAUAGCUGUCGAGAGAUUCGCCGGGACUCGGGCCCGCUGUACAAGUUUCGAAAACGACGAAUUAUGAUACACGUGUCGUCUGAAAGCGUGCACAGAUAUGAUCGGGUGAAACGCAAAGGGGCAGCUUUCCUAACGAACCUGUUUAAAUCGAGGAAAUUAACGGUAGGGAUGAAGAUUAACGAAGACGAGGAGAUGGAACGCGCGCCCAGGGUGGAAACUCCUGCAAUUAUUACCAAUGCUUGUCGCCGGAGCGGCUCGGAGAGCGACAGCGCGAUGUCGCGAAUCCCGUCGACCUUGAGCGUGACAGCAGUGGACGUCGUUGUCUCCUGCCAGCCGUCACCCUCGCACUCAAUUCUAACCCUGACACCCGGUAGAACGCGUAACAUCGAUCAGGACAUGGAAGCACUCAGACUGAGCCGCCAGGACAAUCCUUUCCUACAGGUAUUAGCAAGUCGAGAGAGCCUCGUGGAAUCGAUCGAGGAGUCCGAGUCCGACGAUGCGAUUCUAAUGUCGCAGGAAUACGGUGACGCGGAUCCGCUCACGCUCGCGCAGAUACACGAGCACCUGGUACGCAGUCCACCCCCGGCUUCGUGGCCCAAUUCCACGGCCUUCCAGUUUCCCAGUCAGGAUGAGAGUACGACCCCGGGCAAAAACGAUGCGGCACUCCUAGUCAAGAGCCCGUCGAAAACUCCCUCGCAUCGCGGUAACGAUCACGAGCUCUCGAGGAGCGAGACGACCACCGAUAUCAGAGAUCGGCAUUCUCAUCCCUUCUCGUUACUACAUCCGACGCCGAUUCGCUCCUUGUCAGAAGUUCGGCGACUUCAUCGAUCGGCCGACGACAGCGUGCAGCUCAUGUCGAAUGAAUAAACCUCGCCAGGGUGUUGGAUCCUGAUUGGAAUAAUUUCUCGCGACCGAGGGAUGUCGGUUCAGUUCCGCCGAAUCCUUCGAGAACAGCGAUUACCGACGAGUCGAAGAAAAUUUCGUUCGUGCAAACGAAACUUAUGAUCGAUUCCAGGCAAGGUUUGUCCUAAGAAAUAAGAGGGUUGAGUCACCCAAGAGAUACAGAGACCAUCAAGAUUCUCGUGUAUCUGAUAUUUGGUCAGAAUGAAGCUAUAAUAUGUUUGAGGGUGCGAUAGGAGAUUACGGAGUGAUUAAUGAUGAUUAAACACGCAGUUAUCAAUAGAGCGCCAGAAGCAGGAAUUUCGAGAACAAUUGGCACUCUCUUUACCGGGAAAGUAAAAAGACGCGCGUGUUGAAGAAAUAACGAUUUUAUUUUUUUGAACUUGAUAGUUUAUUAAAUCAUAUUUUGUACGUUAACUAGAAAGUGUCUCUUCGUGAAAUAUAUAAAUUCGAUCUCCGUCAAUUGACUUAAAGUUUUAAAUACUCUUAAUCAUUCUGAUCGACAUUAAUAAUUUCUUCAUAAGUCAUUUGCCGUUACGAUUACGCGUUUUGUCGACAGGCCUAUAUUUUUACAAAACUAUUCUAUAAACGAUCGAGGUAUUUGGUAUUUGGACGUUUUCCGAUUACUUUACUUACGAGUAUAUCUAGCUAUUGAAUAUUCUCACAUUAAUAUAUUGUGUAUUUUUUACUUUUAUUCGCAAACAGUAUUGAAUAACUAACGUUUAAUUACUUACAUAAACCAGAUAUUGUCAGAAAUAAGUAUUCGGAUAAAUAUCUUUUGAGCUUUUUGAGAAUACGCCAAACCGAGGAAUCUAAGAACUCAAAGAUGUUACAGAACAUCUUGUAUGUGCUAGUUUGCAGGAGAUGAUUUUAAGAAUUGCACUAUUGCAUAAUUAUUGUCAGACUAACGAAAGAUAUUAUCUCCGCUAAAUCGUCAGCUGAGAGUAUUAGAUAAAUAUUUAAGGUAUUAUGUUUUCAAGCUUCAAAUUUAUAUCAUUUGGAUGCAAUUGUGUCUUUAAACUUUGUCUCUCUUGAAGUGCAAUAUACCGUUAUGUAACAGUCGUUAAAGCACGAGGCUUAAAAUAAUUAUUAAAUUAUUACUUAUGAUAAAUAUGAUAUUAUCGGAAUUUGUUGUUGAUACGAUAGUUAUUGUUGAGGCACACGUCUGUAAUUAUUCGUGCAAUUUAGAUGUCUAUUUUGCGUAGCUGUUUUAGGAAUACUUCACGUUUACUUGUAAUCUUUUCUACCACUGAAUAUUAAUUGCUCUAUCUUGAUUGUUGAUUAGCUAACAGAAAUAUUUUUGUCGACAAGUUAUAUAUGUACUGUAUAGAAAUUUCUGUUUUAACUAAUUGCGAGGAAAUUGCCAGCACAAAAUAUGCAACAGUUUUACCAUAUAAAACUCACUUUUAACGACGAUUACAAAAGGAAUAAGUUAACUGAUGCACAUACGUAAUAAUUGAUAACUCCGAAGAAUAAUGUUAACGCUGACGAUGCGCCAAAUGUACAGGCCUCAAUGAAACAAUUCCUCAAAUUAUAUAAUUAGACCAGUAGCCGUAAGAUCAUUUUUAUAGGGUGGACCGAUUUGUCGAGAACGUACUUUACUUCCGAGAUUGAAAGUAAUAUUUCUUUUAACGACAAAAACCGUUGUCAAUAGAUUCUCAACGAAAUCAGAAACACCCCUGUUUGUUCUUCUCUUUUUAGACUAACGAUUUUUUCUAAGAUAACGUUAACAGAAUCUGACGUGCUCUUCUUAGAUCUAAUAUUACAAAUGUUACUGUUAUAAAGUAUAUGAAGUAAUAUGUGAAACCUUAAAAAGGAUUUUAUGCACAAAUGAAAUAAAGUUAUUUAUAUAUAAAUUGUUGCACUUAAAGCGUCAAUUAACUUUGCAAUUUAUUUACUCGGACAUUAAACGUUAAAUUUAUUGAUAUAUUUAUAGUUUCGAAAAAUU